AUGCGACCUGGUCUGCCUAUAAAGCUCCUAGGCGCAUGUCUGAUCGCAACAGGUCACUUCGCCAGCGGGUUGUCGCCGCGCUCGGAGACCGGCCAUUCUUACGACUUUGUGAUUGUGGGCGGUGGUCAAGCUGGGUUGGUGUUGGGCGCAAGGCUGUCGGAGGACCUGGAGCAUACUGUGCUUGUGCUUGAGGCGGGCGGAGACGGAGAUCAGUAUCGAAAUCGCAUAGAUACCCCUGCAUAUGCAUAUUUUGAUUCCCUGUGGAGUACGCCUUUGGAUUGGGCAUUAAGUACUGUCGCGCAGCCCAAUGCGGGAGAUCGGGAGAUUUAUUGGCCUCGUGGGAAGGUCCUCGGAGGGAGUUCUGCGAUUAACGGGCUGUACAUGACCCGUCCAGGAAAAUAUGAGAUCGAUGCCUGGAAAGACAUGCUGGGGGAUAUGGACGGCGCCGAGAAUUGGUCUUGGGAUUCAUUCUAUGCGGCAAUGACGAAAGGCGAGACCUUCUCUCCGCCAACUGACGGUGUGAUUAACGAAGCCAAAAUCGCGUGGAAUGCAUCGAAUCAUGGGGCCGACGGGCCGAUCCAUACGACAUAUCCCGACUAUACAUUCCCGGAAGUUGGCCAAUGGGUAUCGUCCUUGCAAAGUAUUGGCAUUGAGAACUCAGCCAACAUGUACGGUGGUGAGAACUGGGGCGCUGAUGUCUCGACCUCCUGCAUCAACCCUUCAAAUUGGACGCGGUCCUACAGUCGUUCUGCAUAUCUAGACCCGCUUCCAGACCGCAGCAACUACGAUGUGCUAACCAAUGCCCAUGUAACGCGGAUCGUUUUUGACCAUUCUCAAAGUUCGGGUAACAAGAUAGCAAACGCUGUCGAGUACACAACCGAUAAUGGGAACACCAGACGGAUGGCCAAGGUGAAGAAGGAAGUUAUCCUAGCAGGUGGCACCAUCGGCAGCCCAACUGUUCUACUUCAUAGCGGUGUCGGUCCCAAGGAUGUCCUCUCCGAUGCAGGUGUUGAACUCGUAUCCGAGCUCCCUGGUGUCGGCCAACACCUCCAAGACCACUUCAGCGCCACGGUAAAAUGGAGCACGAAUAAAGACACAGCAGGCUCCAUCUUCUACAAUAACGGCAAGGAUAGAAACAACCCCAAAUUUCUUACAUACAUCGACAGUGCCGUUGCAUAUGUGAACGCAACCACCAUCUACGGCAGCAGAGCAAGCUCAUAUCAGUCGAAGUUUCUCACUCAAAUCGACAAACACGCACCAAACACAACCUACGAUGACGGCGUCCUCGCCGGCUACAAAGCUAUCUACAACACGACAUCGGAUAUCUUCAGCAGUCCCAUAGGCCAAAUCGAGCUUCUAUUCAUGAACAGUGAUGGAAAUGGCGACAUUGGCAUCACGGCCGCUCUACAGCACCCAUUCAGUCACGGCCGGAUCUACAUCAACUCCUCAGACCCAAUGGAACAUCCCGUCAUUGACCCCAACUAUCUAUCAAACCCGGCCGACUCAGAUAUCCUCCUCGCAGGCCUCAAAUUCGCCCGCAAAGCCGGCGAAACAAGCCCACUCCGCGAAUCCCUCACGAAAGAAAUCUCCCCAGGCCCAACCGUCCAAUCCGACGAAGGCUGGCUGCAAUGGCUACGCGAAGAAGCCAGCUCAGAAUUCCAUCCCUCCUCGACAUGCGCGAUGCUACCCAGAAGCCAAGGUGGCGUCGUCGACGCGAACCUGCUCGUCUAUGGUCUUGCGAACGUGCGUGUUGCGGAUGCCAGUAUCAUCCCCAUUUCGUUGUCCACACAUCUCAUGGCCUCUACUUACGGUGUUGCCGAGAAAGCGAGUGAUAUCAUUCGUGUGUACCACCAGAAAAAGACGGCUACGCCUGUGCCGGCGCUUAGUUCGUCCGAUCCGACGCCUGUUGCUAGUGCGGUUUCGGGGAAGAAGACUACUGUGUCGCAGGAUAAUGGUGGGUCUUCUGGGAAUGGGAGGGUCGCAUUGCUGGGAGGUUGGAGUUUUCUUCUACUCCUUGUGCAUGUGUUCGGUCUGUUCUUGUAA